AUGCCCUCGCAGCGGGUGAUGGAGCUCUGCAACGCGGACGAGACGGUGACGCGCGCGCAGGCGGAGCGGCCGACGACGCCCGUGAAGCACACCCGGAAACGACUGUUCGGGAGCGGGAAGCCGGGCGCGAAGGCGGAGCAGGCGAAGGAGAAGGGGGAGGAGAAGGAGGAGGACGUGCUGAGGAGCGCGGAGCGGUGCGGCAAGUUCCCGUACACGCCGUCUGAGCUGUUCUUGAAGGUGUACAACGACGCGCUGGGUGCGCUAGACGCGGACCCUUUGUCGAACAUGGUGUCGCCGAGCCUGUCCGGCUCGUCGGGCGUCAUCCCGCUCUCGAUCGUCUCGGUCAUCCCCGACAUCAUGCGGCACUACGCGGACCUCAUCGUGCGCGCCGAGACCGAGGUCUUCCUCGCGACGAACUACUGGGAGCCCAGCCACUCGUCCACCAUCAUCUCCGACUCUCUGCGCGAGCUCUCCAAGCGCGUGGCCAAGCGUAAUGGUGAAAAGGUCGUGGUGAAGCUCAUGUACGACCGCGGCUCGCUCUCGCAGCUGCGCAACAACCACGUCUACGUCCUCCCCAAAGACUGGAAAGCCGUGAACCUGCCCACGGAGGACGAGCUCCCCGGCGUCGCAUUGGAAGUGGUCAACUUCCACCGGCCCGCGCUCGGCACGUUCCACGCCAAGUACCUCAUCGUCGACCGCAAGGUCGCGUGCAUCAACUCGAACAAUAUCCAGGACAGGCCGAACGUGGAGAUGAUGGUGCACCUCGAGGGACCCAUUGUGGACUCGUUCUACGAUAUGGCAUUGCUGAGCUGGAGCAAUGCGAUGAACCCGCCGCUGCCGCUGUUGGGCCAUGAGACGGUGUAUCCCGAGGAGUACAAGUUUAAUCAUGAGAACGGGCACUUGAAGUACAUCAACCAAGAAGCCACGUCCAAAGCGACGCGCGAAUACCUCAAAAAGCAACACACGCUCAACGAGGCCGAGAUGGAAGACCUGCUCCCCUGGGCGCGGCGCUUCACUUUGGGCCCGCACAACACCAAUACCGACGGCGAACAGAUCGACGCGGAGACGGCGGACAGGCAGCGCAAGAAGUUUUUGGCGGAGCAUCCGAAUAUGAUGGUGCCCCAUGCGAGCGCUACGAAUAUGGAUGCGGUCGAGGAGGGCGAGGAGGGGAGAGGGGGUGGGUCUCCUAGCUCUGGGUCGGGGAGUGGGUCGACGAGCAGUGAGUCGGGCACUGCGACGCCGACGGGAUCUGCGGGCGAGAGGGACGGCGAGGUCGUCGCGAACGGGCUUGGGAACGCGAACGGGCACGGGAACGGCGUAGAAGCGGAGAAGCCCGCCGCAGGCCCGUCAAACGGAAGCGCGCACACCGCCGGCGACGCCACGCCCCUAGCAGAAGAGCCCAAGCCCCUCGCCGACGAGCCCAAGCCCCUCUCCGCCGACCCCUCACCUCUCGACCCGCACGACUCCCCCUCCGACGCCGCCGCGGAGCCCGGCACGAACCCGCACGCGAUCGACUCCCACACCGCCUCCACGACCGCCUCCAUCGCGCGCGCGCACCGCCCGCACUCGCACUCCGUCUCCUCGUCCUCCGUCACGGCCGCGGACGUCGCCAAGCGGCUCAACAUCGGCAAGGUCCAGCUCGACGCGACGGUCGAGGACGCGGGCGUCGCGGACUUCCAGCCGUAUAUACUCCAUAGGGCGCACGCGCCGUGUCCGAUUGCGAUGGUGAACCGCAAGCCGAGCGGUAAGCCGGGCCAUCGGGCGGAUAAUCCGCAGGAUCUGGCGUGGUUGAGCGCGGUGAGGAAUGCGCGGAAGAGUAUUUUUGUGCAGACGCCGACGUUUAAUGCGGCGCCGCUGAUACCCGCUACACUCGACGCGUGCAGGCGCGGCGUGGAAGUGACGCUCUUCCUCGACCUCGGCUUCAACGACCAAGGCGAGCAAAUCCCCUUCCAGGGCGGCACGAACGAGAUGGUCGUGCACCGGAUGUACCGCAAGCUGAACGCCGAGAAGCGCGGGCACGAGAAGAAUCUGAAGGUGUAUUGGUACACGGGCAAAGACCAGCAUCGGCCGAUCAGCGCGGCGGCGAAGAAGAGGAACUGUCAUGUGAAGUUUAUGGCCGUCGACGACCAGAUCGCGAUAUUCGGCAACGGGAACCAAGACACCCAGUCCUGGUUCCACAGCAUGGAAAUAAACGUCCUCGUCGACUCGCCGCCCCUAGUCCGCGAAUGGCUCGCGGGCAUCAGCGCGAACCAGAACACGGCGAUGUACGGGCGCGUGAGCGACGCCGACGGGAUAUGGCGCGACGGCGACGAGGUGCUGCAGGCGAGCGGGGUGAAGCCCGCGAGCGUGGUCACGUGGGGGAAGAGCAUCGCCGGGGCUACGGAGAAGUUCUUUUCGCCGGGGCAGGGGCCUGCGAAGUGA